AUGGAAAUCAAUCAACCAACCAGCAUCGAAGAUUUCGAAGAAGCCUACAUCACCGUAACGCAAAUACUCAAAGAUCACAAACUCGUCAACAAAGAAACAACCCAAAAAGACAUGCAACCCGCAAUUGAAGAAGCACAGAAGUUGUUCAAAAACAAACAGACACCGGCACACAUUCGUCUAAGAGUUCUCAUCUUCCUGUCCGCUACGACUGAUGACUGGAACGUCGCUGAAGGAUAUCGUCUGGAUGCUGAGUUCCUUUGCAGCAUUCUGCACCGCUUCCCUUCUAGCCAUAAGAAGGGAAAUCUGGAGCAGAUGCUGACAGAAUCGCGUGAGAGCCUUGAAGAGCUGAAGGUAGCCCAGGAAGAAGCCAAGCGGCUGGCAGACUUUGCGGAGGUUGACGAUUGGAUUGAGGAGUUGGUUGAGGUUUGGGAUGUCAAGGAGAUUGAAGCCGACGAGAGCGUCACACAAACUGUGUCUGCUGUCGACAAGGAAAGAGGCAACGAUGAAGAAGAUUAUGAGAUCUUGUGAACUCUCGAGAGGGAAGGAACGAACUUCCUCUCGGAUGACCAAGCCCGG